AUGCGUGUCGGAUACGUGACACGAAUACUUCUCGUGCCGCCUCAGGCAACAAAACAAUAUGACACUAACCUUGCCGGCAAUUUUGCUGCACGCAUAGUCAACAUCGAAAAGGAUCUCCGCAAGUACAGAGAGCAGUUUUACGAUAUCGUGCCACUUGCACCCGUGAUCCUUAAGGAACCGCUUGUAAAGCUCAUAGAAGGACGCAAGUCGGAGCGG